UCUUUGUAUAUCGGUACAUCCCCUACUAGCGAGCGAUGUGGAAUGUCGAUAUGUCAGUUCAAUCCAUAAACACAGACCACAGACUUCAAGUAAGUUUUGGCAGAAUUUCUUUGUGUAGUUCAAUCUCAAUGUUUGUGUUGUAAAUUUUAAAAUAUAUUUUAUUUAAAUAUGAAAAGACACAAAAAGAAUGUAUUUGCCGAGAAAUUUCGAUUGCUCAAUAGCCAGGGCUCUACAGAAGAAAUAAACUGGUCAUCUAGUGAUUCUAAUGAAUUCGAAAAUAUCUCUACUAAUGUAGACAAACUGCACAAAGUAUCACACACGCGAAAGCGAAAACGUAAACAAAAAGUGCCCAAAAACAUUUCCAAUUUAAGUGUUACUUUUGUCGACGCAUCUAAAACUACUAAGGAUGCACAUAAUACAAACUUAGAAGUUUCAGAAAAUUCGGAAAAAGAUGCACAAUCUAGUCCUAUUUUGGGCAAUAUUCAAUAUUUCCCUCCGUACAAAGCUUCAAAUGUAACUACUUCACCUGUAUUAAUUCCUAAAGUUAUAGCGCCAAAGUCAAAAGUUGAAAAUUCAUUAAAAAGCCCUAUUCUAAUUCUGAAAGCAGUAUCACCUAAAGUUUCCCCAAAAGUAAAGAAAAAGCUAUUCAAUUUUGCUUCUAGCAACUAUGAAACAUACACAUCUAAAUUAACAAACAAGAGCACAACAAACAACUGUUUAGAUAGAAGAAAAUUAAGUAAUGAAUUAUGUCAUUUAAAAAGUCAAAGUUCAAAUGAAGGACUAGACCAAAAUCACACAUGUGUUAAAGCUUUACAUUCAAAUGAAAUCAUAUUAAAUAAUGAUAAAACUAAACAUUCAAUCUGUCUAGUUGAUGAUUUUAAAAUUAACAACAUAAAACAAGAAUUAAAUGAAAAUGACAAACAAAACAUAAAUUACACUAUACAAGAAACCCCAGAGCUAAAUCUAGAUGAUAGUAUGGCAAUGCUUAAAACAAACAGCAAAGACUUGGCCAAAAAGGUGAAAUCCUAUUUAGAUUGUGAUUUUAGCUCUGAAACUGCUUCACAGAUUACUAUAAGUGAUUUAACAACUCCAAACAAUAGCUCCAAGGCUAGCGAUGACAUUGAAAUAAUAAGCACAAUAACACAAGUUCCUUCAAACAGAAAUAGUUCUGAAUCUAUACAGGAGUUACCAGAAGAUAUGAACAAAAAAGAGAAAAAGUUGAAAUAUAGAAAGGAUGGCUUAGCAUAUCGCUUGAACAACUUAUUAAAAAAGCAAACUGCAAGUACUUCUCUCUGGCAACAUGAAAGAUUCAUGGCAGCUAAUUCAAACUUUGUCAUUCCAAAAGGAGAGUACAAGCCUUUUAGAAUUUGUAAACAAGAUUUUAAAUAUGGCUCUUAUUUGUUAGAAACCAUGGAUUUCAAUGAUGACAAAUUUUUAAUUUUAAUCAACAAAUCUUUUGUAUCAUAUUAUAACAUAAAAGUAAAUGCAAUAUUGAAGUUGUAUGAGCCUUAUAAAAUUAUAGAAUUUAAUGAUGACUGUAAAUUGAUUCUUAAUGUUUGUAAAUUUGAAUGUGUAGAGAUAGAUGAUAUAAAUAUUUGAUAUAAUAAUAAUAAAUGUAAAUAAAUCUUUGUAUUUUAUAAUUUCAUUGCUUUUUGUAAUAUUAACUCAUAGAUUGACUGAAAUUGAUAUCUAUUAGUAAACAAAAAAAUGGAAUCAGGUUGGUCAAUAAUUAGUAACAUU